AAAGUUGUUUGGCAACCGACAUUGAACAACAAAAGAAGAAGAAGUACCACUGACUCUUCUUCAUUGGUCAGCUGUGUCUCAGCUAACUAAAAACUCUUUUAAUCGCGGAUAUUGAAGUGUAAGUGUUCUGUCAGCAGGUUGCCAUGUCUACACGGGCCCUGCGAAGGCUCAAGGGGAAACAGCGGGGUCAGGAGGGCUUGGACCUCGGGGAUUUAACUUGGGGUGACAGUCCGGAGGAGCAGCCGGACAUGGCUAAUGUUUCUCCCCCGUCUAGCAUGAAAGGCAACAAUCGGAAGGCAAAGAAAAACCAAGCUCAGAAGAACUUUAGCAAUAUCUAUGAACUGAUAUGUGAUGCAGACAAUGAGGCAGAGAAAAUUUCACCUGAUGAAGGGGCAGAGAAACCAGAUCUAAAUAAAUCAAGUGACUUGGAUAAGAAUGACGACCGAGCCACUGAGAAACCAGAUCAAAGGCAAGAGCAACCAUCUACAAAGCAGUCUUUGUCUGGAGACAGAGUUAAAAAGAAGAAGAAAAAGAAGAAAGCAAAGGCCAUGUCAGAGGAUGGGCAGGAGACUGUGCCAGAUGAUAACAUUGAUUUAUUGCUGGAGAACCUGGAGCAGCCCAAUGGUCUGAGUUUGCAAAAUGAGGAUUGCAGCAGCUCUGACAGAAAAUCUGUGCUAUAUGUGGAGCACAGAAAUCUCAACCCAGAGACAGAGCUGAAGAGAUAUUUUGGGGCUCGAGCUGUUCUAGGGGAUCAAAGACCUCGACAGAGAAACAGACAGUUUCACCGCAGCACCUGGAUGACCAGUCCCAAGGAUAGCUGGCCUCGCUUCAGCCGUCCAGGAAUCUCGAUGACUUUACUUGAGUCAAAGGACGGCAUUCAGUACUUCACCUUUGAGCAUAGUCGGGACUACCAACAAGCACAGUUCAAGUUCCUGGAUGCGGUCGAAUCCAUGGAUCCCAACAACAUUCUGGCCUUGUUACAGCUUAACCCAUACCACAUCGAUUCCCUGCUGCAGUUCUCUGAAAUCUGCCGAAUGCAGGAGGAUCAGGAGAUGGCCAGGGACCUCAUUGAGAGGGCCUUGUACAGCUUUGAGUGUGCUUUUCACCCAUUAUUCAGUUUGACGUCGGGUACCAGCAGACUUGAUUAUCUGAGACCAGAGAACAGGGCAUUUUAUCUAGCUCUUUAUAAGCACAUGAUGUUCCUGGAGAAGAGAGGAUGCCCACGGACAGCUUUGGAGUACUGCAAACUGAUCCUGAGUUUGGACCCAGACUCUGAUCCAUUUUGCAUGCUCCUACUCAUUGAUUACUUGAUGCUGCGUUCCAGAGAGUACCAGUCUCUCCUCCAGUUAUAUCAGGACUGGGAGGAGCACAGAAAUUUGUCUCAGCUGCCAAACUUUGCUUUCUCCGCUGCACUUUGCUGUUUCCAUCUCAGUCAGCAAGAAGAUGUGGAUCCUGAGGAAAGUGACAGACAAAGACACAAAGCUGAUCAGAUGCUGCAAAAUUGUCUGAUCAUGUUCCCUGGAGUGUUGAUGCCUCUACUAGAUCUGUGCACUGUGCAGCCAGAUGCCACAGUCACCUCACAUGCCUUCUUUGGCCCAAAGAGUCAGACAGGGCAGCCCCCAGCCCUGGUUGAACUGACAGCACUAUAUGUGGGGAGGACUUAUAGCUUGUGGAGGGAGGCAGCAGUGAUGCUUUGGUUGGAGGAGUCUGUCAAGGAAGUGCUGCGUCGAGUUGAUGCCAAAGACCCUGUAGUGGAGGACUGCCAAAACAAGAGGAAGCAGAGGUACCAGAGCGCACCAAGGAAUAUCCAUCGGCACGUUCUACUCUCUGAGAUCAAGGAAGCCACCUCAAGUCUGCCUCUAGAGGUAACCACUCAGCCUAUGAUGAGCUUUGACCCUUUGCCUCCACUGGAUUCAGUGAUAUCAUAUACACGGCCAGAAAGGCAGCAUGUCGGUGCAUCCAGUGAGAGUUCAUUCUCAUUGUUUUUCCGGUCUUUACUGCCAAACUUCAACCUUCAGGGCCAAGUUGUGGAGCAAAGUUGACUGUGUGACAUUUUGUCAAUCUUGUUGAACUCAUUCCAUUGUGCUGCCUUUUCAACCAUUCCUACAAUAACAAGGCUGAAUUUUGAGUUGCAGUACUGCUACAAUAUGCACCCAGCCCCUACAGCCUAUACUUCAUUUGGGAAUGGUUUUAAAAAAAAAAAAAAUGUAACAGCAUCAUCAUCUGUGGCUUCGAGUGUCUCCCCUCCUGGACUCAUGUGGAGCACUUGGGAAAUUUUACAGCACUUGUCCAUUUUGUCCACAGCAACAAAUGACCAUUUGCUCUUUCAGCUCAUAUGCUGAACACCAUUGUCUUACCACUUAUUUCCCUCAGAGUGGACUGUAGUUUGGCUGGGACUGUGUGAGAGGGGACAAAUUUAAAAAAGGAACAAAUGGCAACAAACACAUUUAGAUGCAGUGCAGGAUGGUGAGAAGUAGAGUGAUCAUUUUCAAGUUAAGUGAUGGCUUUGUUUCAUUUAGUUUGUUACAAAAACAUCACUUACAGUAUAGACUGCACUAUAGUAGUACUAUACCUACAGUAACAAUAGUAUUGCUGGCAUUUGACUAAGCUUUGCUUAGGUAUGUUGUAUAUCAUGUACACCCACACACAACAUCUUGUGGCUCAGCUCAACGUGCUCAAUGUUAACAGAUGGGCCUGAGGCACAUUUCCAUCAGGACAGUUCUAGCCAUCCUAAUCAUGCUGUGCACUAAUGGAGAGUAAGAGAUACAAUAUGGAUAAAAGAAAUGUAGUAAAGACUAGGGAAGAUGUGCCAUCAAGUUACCCAGUUAUGUGCCUGAGUAUGUUAUGUAACAACCCGAGGUGACCCUGAUGUCUGUU